AGCAGAGCUUGAUCGACAUUGGGGCUGAGAAUCUGACUAUUACGGUGCGAAAACGCUCCGUUUCGUCGGUGGAUGGGGCUAGAGGGAGCUUGGCGGAGAGGACUUUUCCCAGGAUUUGUAUUUGGGAGUACGAUGGGGAGGCUUCAAUGUUCUACAGAAAUGGCAAAAGUUUCGAUCGAGAUGGGUUUGGCAAGUUCCGGCGAAGUCCCUGUUGUUUUUCUGGGGAGCCCAAGAAGCCUGGCCAGACCAUAUCAAAGGGGUAAGAACUACGAUUUGAUGCUCAAUCUUCAACUGGGUAUUAGAUACUCUAUUGGGAAGCAUGCUUCGAUAGUGAGGGAUCUUAAGCCAAGUGAUUUCAAUCCCAAAGAGAAAUUUUGGACGAGGUUUCCACCGGAAGGAUCGAACAAAACGCCACCCCAUCAGUCGUUUGAGUUUCGGUGGAAGGACUAUUGUCCUAUGGUGUUCAGGUAUCUUGAUGCUAUUCAACUUCUAGUUAUAUCUUUUGGUUGAUUAUUUCUUGUUGGAUGACUAUUUUUUCUCUUAUUAGAGGUUAAUGUAAUUAAAAUACUAUAAUUAGAAGCUCUGCUAAACAAGCCACAACUGUUUGUUUCUUCUUAUUUGACUGUGAGUGUUGUUUGGACUUUGCUAUAAACAUCUGCUGUGCAGACACAGCUUUACCGUCUGACUGAGCACUUCUUGAGGAAAGCAAAUCUUCCUGUGAUCCGUAGAACUGCAGAUACGGAUUUAGCUGUUACAGAUGCAAUUCUGUCGCGUCUCACAGCUUCCACAAAGGCUUCAUGAAGUUCUUGUGUCCAACGCAUUCUGGGUUUGGUUGGGGCAGACCUGGAGAGAUAAUACAGGGAGAGAAGAACGAAAAGAGAGAGAGAGAGAGAGAGAGAGAGAGAGAGAGAGAGAGAGGAAGAAGGAAAAGGAAAAA